GCAUUACAGCCGCCUUAAUCGUCGUUUUAUGUCUCCUUUUGCUGCUCUUGGUAUCAAUGGUCACAUUUACCGUCAUCCUAAUCAGCACUUCGGUAGAAACGAAUGGCUUAACAACUCUGGAGGAAUACACAGCUAUGGACUUUUAUACAGAUUCCUAUGGAGGUCAACCCGUGCCAACCCAACCAGCCCCAAUGGUGAUGACGACUACCACCACCACAACAACGACGACGACAACAACAACGACUCCUGGUCCUAUACCGAUGACCCUGUUGUGCACAAUAGGGAGGUACGCUGUAGUGAGCCAUCAGUAUCCCGAGGAUGGAGUGUGCGAUCUUCUCUAUUACACGGACAUCUUCGUAAAGAGUGACGGCCAACGCAUCGGCUCGUCGACAGUGGAACUAUUUGUUGAGCGCUCCGAUUCUUAUCAAAACACAGAGUUCGGCUUUUCUAUCGACCAUCGCUCCUUGGACAAUUCCAAACUUAAAAUCCAGAAAAACGAAACGGAGGCUUUCGACCAACUCUGCCCCAAGAAGAUUCGUCAUCACGGUGUCCUGAACUUAGCCUUCACAGGAAGAGAAAAAGCCCUCCAGCUUCUCCCAGAACUGCAAAACUUGUACAAUGCCAAUCAACAAAAGAUCCCCGUGGCAAAGUACUACAUGGCUAUCGGCAUCACGCCAGACCACACGGACCUCAAUGCCUUCGUGAAAAAUCUCACAAUCGCCGGAGCGAAUAUGGUCAUUCUAAAGACGCACAUUUCGUCUUGGAAUCCCAACGAGGAUAAAGGCAUUGCCGCCGGGACCAUGUGGGAAAACCCACUAAACAUAUCGAAGCCUGCCAUGUCUUCUGUUGUGGACCAGAUGCUGAAGAUGGACACCAAGAGUGCUACCAUGGCAUUGUCUCUUACCAUGGGAGUUGGUCUCUUCUGGUGGAUGGACAAUAAAGUAUACACCAGUAACAGCGGGAAACCUUCCCAGUUUAACCUUGUCGACUACGAGGAGACGUGUAUGGACACUCAGACGCAAAGAGCCUCGAAAUAUAUGACUCCAGAACAUGUUUCCAUUUCUGACGAAGCAAGUCUUAAAGUCCGGUACAUCUUUGAAACAAUUUCUUCAAUGACGACGAAGGUGCAAUUGGUAGUUGAGAAGAUACGGGCUGCUUCAAGCGGGAUAAGCCUUGGCUUUGCUAUUUUCGACAUGGAAUUGGAAUGCUACGCGACCAACUGCUGUGGCACCACAAAAUCUGGCAGGCUCAAAGGGUUGAGAAAAUGCACCGACAAACAAGGCUUGUCGCCAUGCUAGUUAUCUCAAUAGGUGGUGCCGCUGGAACACAACGAGUUCUCCUUUGUUAUAGCGAAUAAAGUUCCUCGGCUCACGUGCCA